GUUUAGAGGUGAUCAAGGUUGUUGCCACCGAUGCUGAUGAGCCAAAUUCUGACAACUCGGAUAUCCACUACAGAAUUAUAGACCAGGAGCCAAAAUUGCCCGCAGACAAGCUGUUUGAAAUCAACCCCAAUAACGGAGUCAUCAGAGUCAAUGCCGGUGGGCUAGACAGAGAGAAAUACCCAAAGUACACUCUGGUUGUACAAGCCGCUGACUUGGGGGGAGAAGGCAUGGAAGGAGAAACCAAAGUAAUCCUUACUGUGACAGACAGCAACGACAAUGCUCCGGCAUUCACUCAGCCAUUGUAUGAGGCAUCAGUAGCUGAAAAUAAAGCGGACACUCUGGUCGUCACCAUGUCAGUAACCGACGGAGACGAGCCACAUUCCCCAGCCUGGAACGCCAAGUUCACCAUCGUGGAUGGUGAUCCCAGAGGACUUUUCACAGUGAAAACAGGAACCAACAAGCUUGAAGGAAUCAUCUCUACUGUCAAGGGUCUCGACUUUGAGAAGAGCGGCAAGCACACUCUGAUGGUUGCCGUGGAGAAUGAGGUUCCUUUUGCUACUCCUCUGCCCACUGCCACGGCCACAGUGGUGGUGACUGUGGAGGACGUCAAUGAAGCUCCAAUCUUUGAUCCAAUGGAGAAGCAUGUAACUAAACGGGAAGACCUUGAGGUUGACGCUGAUGUGGUGCAGUACACCGCCUCUGACCCAGACUAUGUCCGAAAACAGCAAGUCAUGUAUAGAAUAAUUAGAGACCCCGCUGGCUGGCUGAGCGUGGCCAAAGACACAGGCCUGAUCAAAGUAAAAAACGCCAUGGACAGAGAGUCCCUCUUCGUCAAGGACAACAAAUACACCGUUCUCAUUGGUGCAUAUGACAAUGAUGAAGUCCCAGCCACAGGAACUGGUACUCUCAUUAUUCAGCUCGAAGAUGUUAAUGACAAUGCCCCCACCAUUACCGAACGUCUAAUCAGGCUGUGUAACAAGGAACCGGCCUCCCACCUGCUGGCGGUGACGGAUAAAGACGGACCAGGCUUCACUGCUCCGUACAGCGUCUCUCUACAGGGCCUGUCCAGGAGCAACUGGACCGCUAGGAUGAAUGAAUCAAGUAUGUACACUUUUUUAAAUCACAACUGAAUGGUUGUUUUCCAC